GAGAUAACACAAUCCUGCGUCUUCCCCCAUUCUCUUCGUGUUUCUCUGCGAUUCAACCGGAAUUCAGCUCUAUCCAUGGCGAUUUCACCCGCGUCAGCAUCUGCUUCUUCAACCAAACUUACAUCCUCUUACUCUUCAACUUCCCCAUCUUCACCCUGCUGCGGAUCCACUAUUUCUUUCUCUAAUUCCUCCACUUCAAGAACCAAAUCAACUAAGCUAAUCCUCUCUUCAACAACCCAUAUCUCCAAUCCAUCUAAAGUUUUAUUCUUCCCAUCCACCGCAAGAACACCCACUCAACUCCUCCGCCACCGCCGCCGCGACCUUACCGUUCGAGCCGCAAGGGGGAAAUUCGAAAGAAAUAAACCCCAUCUCAACAUAGGCACAAUCGGACAUGUCGACCAUGGAAAGACAACUCUAACCGCUGCCUUAACCAUGGCACUAGCUUCCUUAGGAAACAGUGCUCCCAAGAAGUACGAUGAAAUCGAUGCCGCGCCGGAGGAACGGGCACGAGGUAUCACUAUUAAUACUGCUACGGUGGAGUAUGAAACGGAGAAUCGUCAUUACGCUCACGUUGAUUGCCCUGGACAUGCUGAUUAUGUUAAGAACAUGAUUACAGGUGCCGCCCAAAUGGACGGUGCUAUACUAGUUGUCUCAGGCGCAGAUGGCCCAAUGCCCCAGACUAAAGAACAUAUUCUUCUUGCGAAACAGGUUGGUGUUCCUAAUAUGGUUGUGUUUUUGAAUAAACAAGAUCAAGUUGAUGAUGAAGAGCUUUUGCAAUUGGUGGAGUUAGAAGUUAGAGAGCUUUUAUCUUCAUAUGAGUUUCCUGGAGAUGAUAUUCCUAUUAUCUCUGGCUCUGCUUUACUAGCUUUAGAAGCUUUAAUGGAGAAUCCAAAACUCAAAAGAGGAGAUAAUGAAUGGGUUGAUAAAAUCUACUCAUUGAUGGAUGCUGUUGAUGAUUACAUCCCAAUCCCACAAAGACAAACUGAUCUUCCAUUCUUGAUGGGAAUUGAAGACGUGUUUUCCAUCACCGGUAGAGGAACAGUCGCGACAGGUAGAAUCGAGAGAGGCACGAUUAAAGUUGGAGAAACUAUAGACAUUGUUGGACUGAAAGAUACUCGAAGCACAACUGUUACCGGAGUUGAAAUGUUCCAGAAGAUUCUAGAUGAUGCGAUGGCUGGCGAUAAUGUGGGUUUGUUAUUGAGAGGAAUUCAGAAGAUUGAUAUUCAGAGAGGAAUGGUUUUGGCUAAACCGGGGACCAUAACUCCUCAUGUUAAGUUUGAAGCAAUUGUUUAUGUAUUGAAGAAAGAAGAAGGGGGUAGGCAUUCGCCUUUUUUCGCAGGUUAUAGGCCUCAAUUCUACAUGAGGACGACGGAUGUGACAGGAAAGGUUACGCAUAUAAUGAACGAUAAAGAUGAGGAAUCGAAGAUGGUUAUGCCUGGGGAUCGUGUUAAGAUUGUUGUGGAGCUUAUAAUGCCGGUUGCUUGUGAGCAAGGGAUGAGGUUUGCUAUUAGAGAAGGUGGUAAGACGGUUGGAGCUGGUGUUAUUCAAUCCAUUAUCGAAUGAAUGAUUUUGAAAACAGGUAUGAAAAAUGUUAAAUAUUUGCUCAAUUUGAAAACUAGUUUUAUGCAGUUCUCUGAGUUUGUUUAGUUUGAAAAUGUUUUGGUUCAAUUGUUGUUGAGAUGCAUAGCCGAGACUUUUGAUUACGAAAAGGAUGAGGAUAUUUUGCAAGCA